AUGAGUAACCCAGGUGCAUUGGCCCUCGAAGGAGGCGAUCCUCGAAACCCUAAUCAUCUUCUUACCGGUGGUCAAGAUGUCGUUGAGAAGCAAUUGGUUCAUAACACCCAUGAUCCAAGUGUUUCUUUCGAGGAGUACAUGUACUAUGCGAGUAUCACGCGAGCUGAAGAAGUCGAAGCCGACCAACGUUUCAGAGCAAUGCAAGGACCUAAGACAGCCAAGUCCAUCCUGAAGAAUCGUUUCUCUACCGGGAGGCGGGAAGCGGCUGCUGCUGAAUACCCUCAUUCUCCUAAUGAGCUCACUAGCGAAAAGAAGGAGUUGGAUGGUAGUUCGCCAACACGAAACCUUGGUGGUGUGUCUGAUUCCGAGUACAAGACUGCAAGCCGUGCAAUCAGGACUGCUGGAUGGAGUAGUGCUUUCUUCUUGAUCACUACUGAUAUUCUGGGCCCUUUCAGUGUUCCGUGGGCUUUCGCUCAGAUGGGAUAUGGUCCAGGUAUUGCGCUUUACACUGUAUUCGGAGGCUUUGCUAUGUACUCCGGGUUCCAACUCUGGAAGAUCUUUUUGGCCCUGGAUUCUGACAAGUAUCCAAUGAAAAGUUAUGCUGAUCCUUUCUUUCGUAUCUAUGGACGAUGGGCUCGUCAUGGUGUCAACCUCCUACAGUCUGUCCAGCUUCUGUUGACAGUCUCCGCCCUAAUUCUUGGAAAUGGACAAUCGAUCUCCCAGAUUUCCAAGGGCACAAUCUGCUUUAUUGCUUGCCUGAUCAUUUUCAUGGCUGCUGGUAUGGUCUUAGGCCAAAUCCGAACUUUGCAAAGAUUUGGAUGGUUAGCCAACUUCGCAGUCUGGUUGAACUUGCUUAUUCUGUUCAUCUGCAUGGGAGUAGCAGCCAACUCACCACCAAACUUCUCCGCAACCCAAAAGUCCUAUGGCGAUGACUUCGGCCCAGGUCCUAUCCAUCGUUACGCCGGUACACCUCCAGAUGGAGCCGCAUCCGGUGGAACUGGCUUCACUGCCUCCCUCAACGGUCUCAACCAAGCCGUCUACUCCUACGGCGGCGCCAUGCUCUUCGUCUCCUUCAUGGCCGAGAUGCGCCACCCCUUCGAUUUCUGGAAGGGAAUCCUCAUCGGCAACAUCUUCAUCUACUGCGUCUACCUCUUCUUCGGAGUCUUCAUGUACUCCUACCAAGGCCAGUACGCCUACAACCCCGUCAUGCAAGGUCUCUCCCCAUACGCCUGGCAAACCGCAACCAACAUCAUGAACAUCAUCACCGGUCUCAUCGCCGCUGCGCUCUACGGCAACAUCGGCAUCAAAGUCAUGUACGUCGAAGUCCUGCAAGAACUCUUCCACUUCCCACCCCUCACCACCAAACGCGGUAAGCUCAUCUGGGUCGCCCUUGUCCCGGCAUACUGGGCACUCGCGUGGGUGGUCUGCGCCGCCGUCCCGCAGUUCUCAUACAUUACCGGUCUCAUCGCCGCAGUUUGUAUUCUGCAAUUCACAUACACCUUCCCCGCCAUCCUGGCCUUCGGCUUCCAGAUCCGCAAAGAUGCAAUGCUCCCAGCAUCCGAGGCUUUCAACCCGGAAACCAAGACAUACAGCUACGUGGACACGGGAUUCAAGAGAUGGGUUAGGGGGUUCAAGGUUAAGUGGUGGCUUAACGGGUUUAACUUUAUUUACUUCCUUGGUGCGUUGACGACGGCUGCGUUGGGGAUUUAUAGUAGUGCGAUUGGGUUGAAGGAUGCUUUUAGUGGGGAUAGCGUUGCGACUUCUUUUGGGUGCGCUAGUCCUGCUUAG